UUUUGUAAGGAUAGAGCGAAAAGUUACACGGAAUCUAAACACCAAAGGACUUAUAAUGAUGUUUGAAUUGUUUAGCUGCGCAGUUUCAUCCUACCAGCAGGUGUGAUCACUUGUACACUUUACCAAUUUUGAUGCAGUGAAAAUCACCGGCAGAGAUCAUCAUUUGAAACCCAUAUUAUCACAGCAAAGGUUGGACAAGAGUUCGUUCAAAAUGUCACUGGCGGAAAAUCCAAACUCAGACCGACAAAACUCUAAACAAACCUGCUUAGCUUCUGGUAAAGAGAAUACCAACACUCGACCGAAACUGGCAUUUUCCAUAGAAAACCUUAUAGAAACAAAUUCAGGAAACGAGAAAUCAAAAGAUGCGGAGAUAACGUCCGGUAUCGGUGAUGACAGGGAAACAUCAAAGUCUGACAUAUCAGAUACAGAAUCUUCAGAACAGGAAACUUCCAUUUCAAGUCUGAAACAAUAUUCUCCAGUACACAGUCCACCUCCACAAACAGGAACUUUUACAAACUGGCUAGUAGGAAGGGACGUUCUGAAGAAACAAUCUACACCAAAUAUGUCCAGAGAAAAUAGGGAUUAUUUGAUGGGCGGAUAUCAAUCCUGCCUCCAUCCGGCCUUUUUUAUAGGACGGAUGUCUUUGGAAGAAUAUCAGAACUACCUGUUACGGAAUUAUUCAAUUUUUCAACAACAAUUUCCGUCUUACACUUCUAAGGGAGGAGAUCCGUCUAUUGAAUAUCUCAAAUCGUUGAGUAUGCAGAAAUUUCACGAGUCGGGGAAAUUUGGAGCCCGGGAAAACGGCAAUGUUUUUGGCAGCAGAAGAGAGGAAAAAAUACCCGAAAAGAAAGAAUCUAUUCCUGUAAGCAUUAAUACGAAAUUUGAGGAGGGAUCGGUGGUACAAAACAUCACUGAAAACAAUGGACAGCCUCUCGGAGAAAAACGGAUACAUGAAAAUAACAACGAAAGUGAUCCAAUAUCAUCAAAAAUGAAGAAAAUUGCGAACAAAUCGCAGAAGACAUUUACCUGUCAGGAAUGUGGUAAGGUGUUCAAUGCUCAUUAUAACCUUACCCGUCACAUGCCUGUACAUACCGGGGCCAGACCAUUCAUUUGUAAGAUCUGUGGUAAAGGCUUCCGUCAAGCAAGUACGCUAUGUAGACACAAAAUCAUUCACACCUCUGAAAAACCACACAAGUGUUCCACGUGUGGGAAGGCGUUCAAUCGAAGUUCUACACUCAACACACAUAUGCGGAUUCACAUGAACUACAAACCCUACAUCUGUGAGUAUUGCGGGAAAGGCUUUCAUCAGAAAGGAAAUUACAAAAACCACAAACUUACACAUAGUGCCGAAAAACAAUACAAAUGUACUAUCUGUAACAAAGCGUUCCAUCAGAUCUACAAUUUAACAUUCCACAUGCAUACGCACAACGAGAAGAAACCCUUUACAUGUCGCAUAUGUGGCAAAGGAUUUUGUCGGAACUUUGACCUGAAAAAACAUACCCGAAAACUGCAUGAGGGUAACUCAUUGCCCUCGGCCACAACCCCACCUCUGGGACAGAUGGAACAGGGUUCCACAGCACUUUGUGGGUCAGCAAGUACCUACGCUCACAGCAGGCUAGGGUCUUCCCAGGGUGCCUUUAUCGGUACACGGCCCUCACCGUUUUCUCCACAAGCUUCUUUGACGUGUCAACGCAAUCUUCUGUCUCAAUAUAUGUUGAGUCCAACAUCAGCAAGCUUCCUGCAUAAAUACUCAAAUUACCUAUAAUUCUUUGACGAAGAAGCUCAAAGUUGGAAUGAAAUUGGACAAAAGGAAACGUUUCAUAUUUUCUUUUUAUUUAAAAUUGGAUAUACAUUUAUUACACAGUUCUAUGAUUAUAAUGUGCUACAACUAUAAAGAUUAUUCAUUGUUAAAUAGAAGUUUAGAGGUAGUAUAAACAGUCUAGUAUCUUAGUUUAUUUAGAUAUUGACACCAUGUUAUAUAGAAAUAUUUUGUUUGCAAAGAAUCACACAAAGCGGUAACUUAAAAUAUAUAAAUUAUUUAAACGGUAGACAUGUAUUUAUUUGAUAUUAAUAGUAGGAAGAAUCAAGCUGAGUGAGAAUAUAUAGCAUUAUAUGGAUCAGUGAUUUUUGUUACUUUGUAUACGAUAAUAGACUGGAGAUGACAUUAAGGAAGGUCCCUGGAUGAUAGUGAUGACAUGCCUUGAUUGUGAAACUUUGUUACCAUAUGGUGAUACACACUCUACAUUGUUCAUGUUGACCAGCGUCGGAGAUACCCUGUGAUAAUUCGUCCCAGUGAGGAGGCAUUAAUUUUAUUGGAUAUUGAGGUUUUUCCUGUGAGAACUGGCCUGGCGGUACGAUGAGGAGGAUAGUCAUGUGUGGAAAUCUCGGGGUAUCUGAUGUAUUAGUUCAAUUCCAUUCUCGAAUUAUUUUUCAUCUGAUUGUUAUCAAAAAUAAAGGUUUUUCCUGUAAAUUAAAAUACCAUAUCUUA